AUGUCACGGUUUACCCCUCCGACAUGCGCUUUGAGCAGAGGCCCUUGUGGGACAAAGGGUGCCACUCCGCAGGAUGCAUCGGGGCUCUUCCAUACGCUACAAACUCAUGUUGAUGACAUCCGCGGUCUCAUACAAUGCGGGAUAUGUAUUCGCCCACUCUACGAACCCUACACCCUUGCCUGCGGUCACACAUUUUGCUAUGGCUGCCUGAGCUCAUGGUUUUCUGAAGGACGGUCCAAUAAAACUUGCCCUGAUUGCCGAGCCCCGGUGAAAUCGCAGCCCGCGCCAGCGUACCUGGUCCGUGCAGUUGUCCAGUUGUUUACCAGUCGCGCCGAACUUCUAGAUAAAGGAGAAACAACAGAGCAACACAAAACACAUCAGCUUGAGGAGGCGGGGAGGAUAGAGGCGGACAAGCAAAACUUGGAUCCAAAACAAGGAGGUCUAUUCCGGGGAACAUUCAACAAGGCGCGCCCUUCGCCCGCUGGGCCCAUUAUUGACCUUGAAGACGGCGUCGUUCGUUGUCCGCAGUGUUCCUGGGAAUUGGAUGAGGAGGGUUGUGUGAACUGCGGAUAUCGGCCCGACGAUGACUCUAUGUCAGGUACCGAUUGGAGGAGUGACUCGGAUAACUCAGAAAUGACGGAUGAUCCAUAUGAAGAAGUUGAUGACGAAAUCGAGGAUGGCUUCGGGGAACCACCAGGCUUCGACUGGACAGAGUGGUAUGACGGGAUGCCGUUGGGGACUCUUCCUGCUGAAUUUCGCUACGUUGCUCCCCAUGGUCGCAAUGGCUACGGCUUAAUGCCUGGCAUGAUACCUGGCUCAUUUCCCCCCGAGUAUCACUAUGGUCAUUCAGAAUUCGAUUCACACGACUCUCACGACUCUGCCCACGACGAGGAUGAUGAUGAAGAGGACGAUGACGAGGACGAGGAUAUGGAUUCCUUUAUUGAUGACGAUGAACCAUCAGGGAAUUACGCUUCAGAGUCGGACCGAUCAACCAUUGCUGGGCAUCCUUCAUACAGUAGAGCUGAGUUACACGCCAUAUUUAAUGAGUCGCCAGGCUCGGGAUAUGGCACCGUCCACCCUAAUACAUACGACCUAAAUGGGGCACCGGACAGUGAGGUCGACGAUGAUGAUGAUGGCGAAGACACGGAUACGGCCGACGGCAGCGACACUGAUGGUGACGACGAUGACGAGAAAGAAGACGAUGACGAUGAAGAUGACGAUGAAGAUGAGCCGAUUCGACCUGCUGCAGCUGGCAAUCGACGGCGCGUGCCAACAUAUCAAAUAUUGUCAAGUUCUUCCCCUGCUCGUGCCAAUGGUGCAACUACCAUAAACAGUGCAAACCUGAAUUCACGCCCGCGAGCGCAACCUCCAGUAGGUUCAUCCGCCAACCGCGCCAUCUCUUUAGAUGACGACGAUGACUCGGAGGAUGAAGGGCCAGUCGCCGCUACGAGGCGGGCCAGGGGUCGCGGCAAUUUUCGGCCACCAGCCUUCUAA